AUGUAGCAGAUAGAGAAGAAGUCUUUAGAGUAGCGGAGAAAGUAAAAAAAGAAGUAGGUGACGUUACUAUCUUGAUCAAUAAUGCCGGUAUAGCAAUUUUUAAACCAUUCUUAAAUCAAAGCUUCGAUGAAAUUUCACGACUCAUACACGUCAAUAUGAUGGCACAUUACUGGGCAAGUAAUAUAAUCUAUCAAUGUAGUUCUCUUUUGCUUUGAAUAUAUGAUAUUGUAACAUUGAUUAAAAUAAGAGACAAGUUUUUAUAAGUGCUCUUACGCGCGUUAAGGGGAAAAAAUGUAUCUUUAAAAUAAUUUAAUAUUUUUGAGCGUAUAUUAUCAAAAUAAUGUGUUAUGAAUUUGGGUGAUAUGAAUUUGGGAAGAUAUUUGAGUUCGUUUCUUGUAAGACACAUGUUAAAACUUCAUAAUAUAUAGAAAAUAACCAUUAAAGCAACUAAAUAACUUUUGGAAACAAAUAUAACUAUACAUAUAUUGCCGCUUGUAAUUUGAAUAUUUCUACAAUUUAGACAAGUAUAAUUAAAUUUUUGUAAUCUGUUGUUUACAAAGGAAUACUAUUUUCAGACAUUACAAGCAUUUUUGCCAAGUAUGACAAAAAAAAAUCAUGGUCAUGUUGUGGCAAUUUCAUCAGUAUCAGGACUUUUUGGAGGUCCUUAUGGAAUAACCUAUUGCGCUUCAAAAUUUGCAGUCAAAGGAAUUAUGGAAGCUAUAUCUGCUGAAUUACGUGCAUUAAGUGACAGAAAAUCACCUAUUAAAUUCACUACAAUUUAUCCGACCUUAGUACUUACUGGAAUGAUUAAAAAGCCAAAACUUAGGUAAUAGUUAAUGUAUAGAAUCAUACUAUUGUAACAAAUGUUCUGCAGUAUCACAUAUAUAUACAGUUAAUUUCUUUUAAACGAUGAGUGCGGUCCACUUGACGCUACAAAUGCUUCAAAGCAUUUGAUCAACUAAUUAGAAAAAAAAAUUUUUACUAAUUGACCAAUCAAAAAAUGCUCCGAAAAUUUGCAACAUCAAGUGGACCGUAGCUGAUAUUUGAUAAAAUCAAAUUUUUUAGUUUAAUAUAUG